UUUCAUCACCAACAUGAUACAGGGUCCACACUGGUUCAUUAUACCAUGCUGUAGUCUAUCAUGAUAUCAUAAAUUAACACUGUUUAUAGAAAGUUAGAAAUCACAGGAAAAGCUAAAGAUUUUUAAAGAACAGCUGUAUUUCAUAAAAAGAGAACCACUAGCAUCACAAAAUGGCUGUUAAGAGUCAUAUAUGUCUGCUGGGACUUAUCAUUCUCUGCUCACUUCUCACAGGUACAGCUGGAGAGACUCGUGUGUUCAGUAGUUCAGGUGAAAAUGUCGCUCUGGCCUGUAUUAAUGCUCUUUCUGACUGCACCUCAACUACAUGGAUCUACACCAAACCUAGGACAUCAGUUACAUUAGAACUGAUUCAUGGAGGAAUAAAGAAUAAAAACAUAGAGAGAGCUGAGAGACUGAGUCUGGGGUCUGACUGCUCUCUGAACAUCUAUAAAACAACAGAAGAUGAUCAUGGACGAUACACCUGCCAACAAUAUGUCAAUGGACAAAAACAUGGAACUGGUGCACAGAUUUUUCUACAUGUUCUUCAUGUUUCUUCAUCAUCCACACAGACUGAGAUGAGAUCAGGCAGCUCUGUGACUCUCACCUGUCAGCUGUUUUCAUAUGAAGACUCUUGUAGUUUGUUCCAUACUGAGGAUCUUCAGCUGUUCUGGGUGAAUCAGGCUGAUGUUAAUCUACAGACAGACUCCAGAUAUCAGAUAUUAUCAUCAGGACAAUGUAUCAGGACUCUGACUACAAUACUCCUGAAUGAAGACAACAACACAGAGUUGAGAUGUUUGGUUAGAAUAAAGAAUGAGAUUAAGACCUCAGCCAGCUAUAUUGUCAAUUUAGGGGAUGCAGCAGUUACCAACACAAACUUUGAGAGAUCAACUACAAAUGUAUCAGAAUCUGAAAGAAGUUAGACAUGUGUGUGUCAUUAUACAAAGAUAUAAAGUUUUAUAAGCACUGUAUACAUUCUGAAAUUUAACUGCCAUUAUUGAAACUCUCAGUGAACUGAAGAAGUUUGUCAUGUUGCAAUUUAGAUUAAUUAAAUUCUCUUUACAAAUAACAA